AUGAGAUUUCGAUGUCUUGCUCUUGGAUUCCGUUCGAGCAUUGAUUUAAUUGUUAACAAUGAUGAAACAAAGUUCAGGAUGUCUCCGGCAGCUUCGUUUGGGGAACGAUGGGCCCGUGACAACCUAACCAGACCCGUUUCAGAUGAAGAAAUAGCAAUAUUAAACAUAUUUCCAAUCACUAGUGAAGGUAAUGAAGUAGAUGCAUCUAAGAGAGCCAGGAAGUACUAUACUGCAAGAGGCCCCGGUGGUCUGUCGGAUUUAUGGCACAGAAGACACCCUGAUGAUGAAGACAUCCUGUCUAGCUGUCAAGAUGUAUAUAUAGUACCUCUUCGUGCACGCAGUGUAGGAGGGAAGCGUAUGACAAUAGUGCAUCUACCUGCACCCACGGCUCAGGAGCGGCCGCUCUCAGCAAAGGCCUUGCUGGCAAGGUGGCUCAUGAUCUUGGAUAUAAGGCUGCGGGAAGACCCAACACCGGGUGAAGAGGUCGUAUUUAUAGAUGUCAGUGAUUUACAACCGUCCCAUCUCAAAAACCAUUUCCGAGGGUCCUAUUGGAAGGAUUUUGUAUGGUGUAUGAAGUCGGUCUACCCCAUCAAAUUUUCUGAAGUACAUAUCAUCAACACAUACCGCUUGAAAACGAUGUCUUUGGUACUGUUACACCUCGGUCUGUACCCAUGGCGACGCAAAAUCAUCCAAUUACAUUCAGAUGCCGAGCAAAUUAACACCAUGAGUGCUGACUACUUUCCACCUGAAGGUCUACCGUACGAGUACGGUGGAAAGGCUGGCGCAAUGAAAGAUCUUAACGAUGAAUGGACAAAGAAACUAUUGCUCAAUUCGAAAUGGCUGCAGCUAGAAGAGCGUAAAUUCUACGAAACAGAAUUAAAACCAGAAAUAAAAAGAACACGUCACAAAAGCACUGUGCGUCUAACUAGAACCUCUUCGUAUGACAUGCUCACUCGCACUCAUUCCUGUCGUUCUCUUCAUAGGCAAGACGAUUUGGAUGAAGGGACACAAGGCGCUUAUAGGAUUUUAAAAGUGACAGAAAAACAUUUUUACGUA